AUGAACAGUCAAGAAUAUCUUGAACAAUAUGGGUGGAAACAAGGUGAAGCUCUGAAAAAAGGGGGUAUCAAGAAGCCAAUCCUGGUGAAGCACAAGAAAGAUAAAAAAGGUAUAGGCCAUGAAGUUAAUGGGUCUGCAGAUGCAUGGUGGGAAAGACUAUUUGAUGGUCAGUUGAAGAAUUUAGAUGUUAAUACAGAUUCUGAUAAAGGUAUCAGCUUCAAACAAGAGAAAGUGGUCGCUUCUGCUGUGAGGCAAGCUGAUUCCCCAUUGUACAGAAUGUUUGUAAGAGGUGAAACUUUACAAGGAACAACAGGUAAAGUUAAUUUAACAAAGACUGAUAUAAAACCAGAUGGAACCACUGUGGUGAUAGAUACUAUGAAAACUUCAUUUAAUGACACAUCAUCUAAAAAGAAAUCAAGUAAAUCAGACAAAGAGAAAAAAUCUAAAGAUAAAAAGGUUAAAAAAGAUAAGGAAUCAAGUAGUAAAUCUGAGAAAGAAGUUAAAUCAAAGAAAGACAAGGAGGAAAAGAAGGAAAAGAAGGUAAAGAAAGAGAAAAGCUCAAAAAAUAAAGACGUAAAGAAGAAAAAUAGUAAGUCCAAAAGUAAAUCUGAAACUGACUCUGGAGAAGAAGAUGUUGGAAGUAGUAGAAGUUCAGAUAGUGAUAAAUCAAUAAAUAAAGAUAAGAAAGAUAGAAAAGACAAGAAGUCAAAGAAGGAAAAAAGCACUAAGGAAGAAAAGGAUAAAUCUCUCGAUUCAUCUUCCAAGAAUUCAAAAGGAAAGAAGAGAAAGAGCUCUGAUAUUGAAGAUACAACACCAAAAACCAAAAAGGUCAAAGCAUAA